AUGACGUCGCUUCCUGAUGAUGUCACUAGAGCUGAGCAGGGACGUUCUAUCUCAGUAGACAUUUUGAAUCGUUUCAUUUGUCUGAAGGGACAAACUCCGCCUACCCAGCUGACCUGGGUCAAGUACGCCCAUUGUGCUGGCCAAUCAGAUAGCUCAAAUCACCGUGUCUACAACUUCCACGACCCCACAGCAAAGUUUGAUACUAGACGAGUACAGCUUCCUGGUCUCUCCGUGUGCGUUGAGUACAGCUUCCUGGUCUCUCCGUGUGCAUUGAGUACAGCUUCCUGGUCUCUUCAUGUGCAGCGUGGGGAGCAGCGGUGUAGUUCCUCGGCGGGGUCUUGCGGUGUGGACUCGUCGUCCAGUCGCAGCGGUGUUCAGGACAGUGGGUUCGGCAGCGACAGCGCCAGGAUCCGUAUCGUCCUGAUGGAGCAGCAGAGUGGAGGUUCCCAUCACCACAUCGCUAGACCCUCCAGGGAGUCCACCGUCGUCAAGAACCUCUCCUUCGUCCCCUUCGACGUCUUCCUGACCGCGAGUAAACUCUCUGUCAUGACCUACGCCUGCUCCACUCUAGCCAAGACCCCACCCGCCUCCCCGGAGAAGAAGGAUGGAGACGGGCCGACAGGGAAGAGUGUCCCUACCUCCUCCUCCUCCCCCAACCCUCCUCCCCCGGUCCCUCUGUCAGGCCUGACAGCAGAGGACCUCCUGAACAGUGACACCGUUCCCCAGGAGCCUCGCGGUUCCCUCCUCUCCCUGGACUCCCUGCCCGCCCCCAGCCGCUCCUCGGCCCGCCAGGCCCUGGGGGUCACCAUCGUGAGGCAGCCUGGGAGGAGAGGGGCUGGAGACCGGGUCCUGGAGCCUCUACUGUACCUCCAGGUGGUCCAGCCGUCGGCCCUGCUCAGCUGUCACCACCGUAAACAGAGGAUGGACGUGUCUGUGUUCGAUGUGUCUCUGAGGGGAGUCUCCUCUGACUAUAAGUGUCUGGAUCCAGGGAAGUCUCUCCCAGAGGUAUUAGACUACAGUGUGCUGUGGGUCCAGACAGUAUCAGGAGAGUCUGACAGUCAGACAGGUGUUCCUCCUCCUCUGGCCUGUCUGCAGAUCAGAGACUUCCUCAGUGGACCAGCGGAGCUGAACGUGGAGCUGUCCCGGCCCCUGAAGGUGAACCCUACGCUGGUGAAACUGGAGCAGACCAAAGCCUACCUGAGGAGGGUCCUACCUCAUCACUACUGGGAGGCUCCCAAACCCCCCUCCACCCCUCAUUCCUCCCCCAGUAGGACCUCGUCCUCCUCUCCCCCUCGUCCCGACCCCUCCCACCUCAGCUCCCUAAGAUCCCUGGCACCCUUCCACAAGGUGUCCCUCCGCACCGCCCAGAUCGUGGUUGUCAUGGAGACCGAGUCGCACCCUGCCCGGCCCAGCCUGUCCUGGUCGGUGUCGGCUAUGAAGGGUACCAUAAACAUGAAGACUGGGCCCAAGCCAGACGGUAAGAGCCUUAAACAUUUAUCUGCCCUGUUGACUUUUUACAGUUGAAAAAUGCAGCUCCCCCUUUCUCUUCUCCUCCCUCACACUUCAUCCCUCUCUCUUCUCCUCCUUCACACUUCAUCCCUCUCUCUUCUCCUCCCUCGCACUUCAUCCCUCUCUCUUCUCCUCCCUCGCACUUCACCCUCUCUCUUCUCCUCCCUCGCACUUCAUCCCUCUCUCUUCUCCUCCCUCACACUUCAUCCCUCUCUCUUCUCCUCCCUCGCACUUCACCCCUC